AGAUGUGGACAAUUAUGACUAUCUUUCUGGUGUGUAAUCCAAAUCUUGAUAAACAUUAAUCUUUUCAUCUUUCUCCAUUGCACAAAAAAGAUGACCAUGGAUUUACUUCUAUCAUUCAUAACUUUGGUAGCUACCAUCGCUUUUCUUACCCUUUUUCAUCUAUUAGCUAAAAUUGUUUGGUCGUAUAAACCUCAGGGAAGUACAGUACCUGAAGCAGGAGGAUCAUGGCCGAUAAUUGGUCACCUCCAUCUUUUAGCAGGCUCUCAAGUUCCUCACAAGCUUUUAGGCUCUAUGGCGGACAAAUUCGGCCCAAUUUUCACCAUCAAACUUGGUGUUCAUCGACUUCUAAUYGUCAGCAAUUCAGAUAUGGCUAAAGAAUGCUUAGCCACCAACGAUAGUGCCUUCGCUAGCCGACCAAAAUCCAUGGCGUCAGAGAUCAUCGGGUACAACUAUGCUAAUUUUGCCCUUGCCUCAUAUGGACCGUACUGGCGCCAGAUUCGAAAGAUCGUUGUGCGUGAACUGGUGUCUCACCUUCGCCGCCAGAUGCUAGCACAUAUCCGAGUCUCGGAAGUGAAGUUAUCCACAACAGAUUUGUACGAAUCUUGGAUCAGAAACAAGGGUUCUGGAGAAAUGGUCAAGGUUGACAUGAAACAAUGGUUUGCGAACUUAACUUUGAACAUGAUGUUGAGGAUGKUAUUUGGGAAUCGCUUUUCGACUGGAGAAGGAAAUAGGGAUCAAUUCAAGAAAUCCGUUAAGAUGUUUUCAGAACUAUUGGGGGCGUUUGUGCCAUCAGAUGCUAUUCCGGGCUUACGGUGGUUUGAUUUAGGAGGGUACGAGAAGAAAAUGAGGAAGAUCGCGAAAGAGUUGGAUGUCAUACUUGAAGGAUGGUUAGAAGAGCACAAAACCAACAUGGAUUCUGUACARCAGGUAGAUCCUGAGAGUAAAGAUCAAGUCUUCAUGGCUACAUUGUUAUUCCGUGUUAACGAAGAACUAAACGAGGAUCUUUAYGGCUUUAGCGUUAACACGAUCGUGAAAGCUACGUGUUUGGCGAUUUUGGCAGCGUCGGUUGAUACUAUACCAGCAACAUUAACGUGGGUUUUAGCUUUACUAAUCAACAACCCUCGUGUAUUAGAGAAAGCUCAAAACGAGCUCGAGAUCCACGUUSGAAGAGACGGAGAAGUUGAAGAGUCAAACUUGAAGAACUUGGUCUAUCUUCAAGCCGUUAUCAAGGAAUCCAUGCGGCUUUACCCUGCUGCACCACUUUCGGUCCCUCACGAGUCCAUUGAAGACUGCAUCAUAGGUGGUUACACCGUUCCUAAAGGGACUCGGCUUUUGGUAAACAUUUGGAAGAUUCAACACGAUCCUGAAAUAUGGACCGAUCCAUUUGAAUUCCAACCCGAGAGAUUCUUGACGAGCGAAAGGGAGAUCGAUGUGAAAGGUCAAGAUUUCGAGUUGAUUCCUUUUGGAAGUGGUAGAAGAAUGUGCAUUGGAAKCUCACUUGCUCUYSAGGYUAUGCAGUUGAUAUUAGCCAGCWURAUACAUGGUUUUGAGUUCCGAAACCCGUCAAACGAGCAGAAGAUUGAUAUGACCGAAAGCCAUGGAUUAGUAAAUCAUAAAGCCACGCCGCUCGAGCUCCUUGUCGCACCGAGAUUCUUGCCUGGUUUGAACUGAGUGUUCUUCUAUUGCAAGAUUCAAAGUCUUGUUUUCUUGAACUAUGUAAUAUAAUAUUUAUAUACGACAAACUAAACCCUCACAUACUUUUGCUAAUCAAGCAGGCUUAACAAACCCAAACACCAAUUGGUUCUUAAUUAA